AUGGAAAUUCAGAGGAUAGAGAAAGAGAAAGGUGGUUUGGGAUUGGGAGGAAUGGGCGAAAGAAAAACGGCCAUGAGUACGGAUGAAGCGUUAGAGAGAGAGAAGUAUUGUCAACUCUUGCACUCCCCACACCCCCCUCCUGGUCCCCCCCCUCCUGGUACACAACACAUUGUCACUGGGAAUGCAUUAUCAUCCUAUCUUACAGAAGAAAGCAUAUAA